AUGAACGGCAAUCCAGAGAUCAGUGAUGGCGACAAGAAUAUUACAACUACCAAGAGAACCAUAUAUGAAGUCUACAUCACUUCAGAAAUUCCGAGGCUCAUUCAAGUGUACCAGUUCUCCACGGUUGCACCGCAUUUCAUCGCUUCCAGAGAUCAUGCGCUCAGCACCGACGAGUUGAUCAAGCAGACCUCUGCCAGAGGGUCCGAAACAGGUGAUCAUUUGUGCGACUCACAAGUCCGGCACUGGGGCGUGGAAGCGGACAGUCCAGAAGCACGUUGCGUUGAAGCUGCAAAAGAUCUCGUCGUGCAUAAUCUAGCCGGUUCCACGGCAGGAACAUCCAGAACCAGGUGUGACACAAAUCCGCAGAUCGAACUUGACAGCGUUCUCCCGCAUCGAGAAGUAAUGCUCGUCAAGGUUUUGGAACCCAGAUAUGCGGACUCCUCCACAUGCGAAUGA